UCCCCCCUCUGUGUGUGUGUGUGUGUCUAUAUUGUGUUUACAUCCCAGUUAAGCCAUGCGGACUGAUGUCUGUCCGUUGUGUGAACGCAGCAGUCAAGAACAUCAGCCGACCUUUGACUCUGAACCACAGGAUGUAACCGUGACGACUGAAGCGCUCCGUUUCCUGGUAGCUUGGCGAACUCACAAUAUGAGAACUGUGCGACGCACACAUGCAUUUGUCUGACGCAAUUUAGCGAGGAUGCACUAUUCUGUUGUGUGACUCGUUCAAUGUCCUGUCCCUUUUUAAUGUGUGUGUGUGUGUGUGUGUGUGUGUGUGUGUGUGUGUGUGUGUGUGUGUGUGUGUGUGUGUGUGUGUGUGUGUGUGUGUGUGUGUGUGUGUGUGUGUGUGUGUGAUUGCUUCUUUAAUUUUCGAUAGUAAAUGGAUUGGCAAAGUGGCACACCCCUCUUCUUUUACAACCCGCUUUCUAAAUGGUGUGUGUGUGUGUACAGCCCUUCCACAAUGCUAUAUGGUGAUGCUUUCUUUCUAUCUAUCUCUCUCUGGCCUACUGGUCUGUCCGUCAGUUUCUCUCUCGCUCUCCCGUAUAACACACCCCCUAUGUCGCUCACCCUCCCCUCUCUCCCUCUCUUUCUGUGCUCUCUCUCUUCCCUCUCUAUCUCAAACCACACCCCCCUCUCUCUCUCUCUCUGUCUCUCUAUUUCCGUGCUUUCUCUACUCCCCACUCUCUCUAACCAUCUCCCCUCCCUCUCUAUAUCCGCGCUCUCUCUCUAACCACACCCCCUAUGUCGAUCUCUCUCUCUCUCUUUCUGUGCUCUCUCUCUGUCUCUCUUUUCGUGGUCUCUCUCUCCUCCCCCCUCUCUCUCUCUCUCUUCCUCCCUCUCUGAUGUUUUUCUCUCCCCUGCCAGUGUAGUGUUUGACGUUUUGAGCGAGUGUUACCGUGGCGCUAGAGGAACUAAACACGCUACGUUACUGCUGGGGUCCUGCUAGUGGGUCCGGGCACACUGGGAGGGUUUCACUGAGGAGGGCCGACCAAUCAGGGCCUUAGCCUCCCCCCUCCCUUCAGACCUCCCCCUGUGUGUGACUGCCCCUGUCCAGGGGAGGAGCCGUCGCUUCAGGACCCCCCCAGUGGGCCCCAGGGCUUCAUGUCUCUCCCCUGCUCCAGAUGAGCGCCCCCCCACACCGCGCCAUGGACGCCUUCUUCCGCCGGCACUUCCGCUGCCACCAGAAGCGCCCGACCAGCCCGGCCCUCCCGGCCAGCAAGGCCCGCCGGCUCUCCAGCGCCGGGCUGCCCUCGGCCGCGCUGGCCCAGCGCCGGCGCUCCUCGGCGGGGCAGCCGCCCGUACUCCAGCCCCAGGCCCGGCUGUUGGCCUCCAGGCGGAUGAGCGUGGGCCUGCUGGCGGCUAGCCGACGCCCGCAGGCCGGGCCGAGCCUGGGGCUGGAGUACAUGCGGGAGGCCAGCGCCGAGGGGGCGGACUGGGGGGAGGAGCGGGAGGAGGCGGACGGGGGCAGGGCCGGAUGGGAGUUGGAGGAACGGGAGCGGGGGGGCGUCAGAGGGCGGGGGAGGGCGGGGCGGCGGCGGCGGUCCAGCUCGGUCACGGUGUUCUGCGCCCGCCGGAGGUUCGCGGUCCGACGACGGUCCACGCCCAAACUCAGGUCCAUUAAGCCACACCUCCUCGGACCCUCCAUGCUAUUGGCCAGCCUGGUGCAGAUGGGAGGGGGCGGGGCCAGCCCUCAGGGCGGGGGGAGCGACGGCGACGCCUCGCUGUCGUCCUGCUCCGGGUCCGAGGACGGAGACGAAGGGGAAGCGGGGAGGGAGGGGCAGGAGGACCACCGGACAGACUCACAGCCCCGCGAUCCGUCAGGAGAACCCCCCCCUCGCUCCCGACCCCCCCUCUUCCAGGGCGUGGGCGUGGACCAUCUCAAGCCCCGCCCCUUGCUCCGCCCCCCCCGCUGCCUGCGGCGGAACUCCUCCCACCUGCUCCCCGGCGACGCCCCCUACGGCCGCUACCACCGCCGGCGGUCUGCCCAGGCCGGCCUCCCCCUCCACGCGGGGCUGAUGAGACCGCCCGGUUACCGCGGCGACGGGAGUCUGGGAGAGGGGAGGGGCCGGCAUACCCUGGAGCCCACGCACUACGACCCCAGCCUAGACACAUGGGAGGCCUUCCUGACGAAAGCCAUCUCUAAGUCGGGCCUCCACCACCUUCCCUACCAGCUGAGCAGCUCCUCUCUGAACCGCGCCGACCCAGACCGACCAAUCAGCAGCUCCGUGGACUGGGGGGAGGCGGCGGUGUACGGGGACCAUGUCUGGUUUGAGACCCACGUCUCGGGGGACUACUGCUACGUUGGCGAGCAGCACUGCAUCGCCAAGACCCUGCAGAAGUCGGUGAGUCGAAGGAAGUGUGCGGCCUGCAGGAUCGUGGUGCACACCAUCUGCAUGGAGCAGCUGGAGAAGAUCAGCUUCCGGUGCAAGCCGUCCUUCAGGGAGUGGGGCCCGCGCAACUUUAGGGAGCCCGUUGUGGUGCGCCAUCACUGGGUCCAUCGAAGGCGACAGGAGGGAAAAUGUAAACAAUGUGGAAAGGGCUUCCAGCAGAAGUUUGCGUUCCACAGUAAGGAGAUCGUGGCUAUCAGCUGCUCCUGGUGCAAACAGGCGUACCACAACAAGGUCAGCUGCUUCAUGCUCCAGAGGAUCGAGGAGGCGUGUCCUGUGGGCGCCCACGCCGCCCUCGUGGUCCCGCCCACCUGGAUCACACGGGUCCGACGGCACCAGGCGUCCACCAAGGCCAACAAGAAGAAGAAGAGGACCUCCUUCAAACGAAAGAGCAGCAAGAAGGGAAUGGAGGAGGGGCGGUCCUGGCGGCCCUUCGUCAUCCGACCAAUCCCCUCCCCUCUGAUGAAGCCUCUGCUCGUCUUCGUCAACCCCAAGAGUGGGGGGAACCAGGGCACUAAGAUCAUGCAGUCGUUGAUGUGGUACCUCAACCCCCGACAGGUGUUCGACCUGAGCCAGGGGGGGCCCAAGGAGGGACUGGAGCUCUACCGUAAGGUGCCAAACCUGAGGAUCCUGGCCUGUGGGGGAGACGGGACGGUGGGAUGGAUCCUGUCCUGUCUCGAUGAGCUGGAGGUGAGCCCCCCCCCUCCGGUGGCCAUCCUGCCCCUCGGGACGGGGAACGACCUCGCCCGGACCCUCAACUGGGGAGGGGGCUACACAGACGAGCCAGUCUCUAAGAUCCUCUCCCACGUGGAGGACGGGCUGGUGGUGCAGCUGGACCGCUGGAACCUCCGCAUGGAGGCGGGGCCUGGCCCCGGGGGGGCGGGGCCCAGCCAGGGGGGGGCGGGGCCCAACGGGGGCCCGGGGGGCGCGGACCCCGAAGAGCAGCAGGCCGACAAGCUCCCCAUGGACGUUUUCAACAACUACUUCAGCCUGGGCUUUGACGCCCACGUCACCCUGGAGUUCCAUGAGUCCCGAGAGGCGAACCCUGAGAAGUUCAACAGCCGCUUCAGGAACAAGAUGUUCUACGCUGGGACGGCCUUCUCUGACUUCCUGAUGGGCAGUGCCAAGGACCUGUCCAAGCACAUCAAGGUGGUGUGUGAUGGUGUUGACCUGACCUCUAAGAUCCAGGAUCUUAAACUCCAGUGUCUGGUAUUCCUCAACAUCCCCAAGUACUGCGCGGGCACCACCCCCUGGGGUAACCCCGGCGACCACCGCGACUUCGAACCCCAACGACACGACGACGGCUACCUUGAGGUCAUCGGCUUCACCAUGACGUCCCUGGCCACGCUGCAGGUCGGAGGUCACGGUGAGCGGCUGAACCAAUGCCGAGAGGUCACCCUCACCACCACCAAGCCCCUCCCGGUCCAGGUGGACGGGGAGCCGUGCCGUCUGGCCCCCUCAGUGAUCCACAUCAGCCUGAGGAACCAGGCCAACCUACUGCAGAAGACCAAGACCAGGAGCUCUCUGCCCCACCUCAACGACCAGCAGCCCCCCCCUGAGAGGCUGCGGCUCCGUGUGAACCGGAUCACCAUGCACGACUACGAGGCGCUGCACUACGACAAGGACCGGCUCCGGCAGGCCUCCCUCCCCCUUGGCCUCAUCGUUGUCCCGGGAGACGGAGAUCUGGAGGUCUGCAGGGUCCACAUCGAGAGGCUGCAGGAGGAUGUCUGUGUCUCCGACCCGGCUUCCCGCUGUUCUCUGCUGCAGGAAGAGGGGGCGCCGCUCAAGCUGUCGUCCCAACGUCUGUCCCCUAAGUGGUGCUUCCUCGACUCGACCACCGCGGACCGCUUCUACAGGAUCGACAGAACCCAGGAGCACCUGAACUUUGUGUCAGAGAUCUCCCAGGAAGAGCUGUUCAUCCUGGACCCUGAGCUGGUGGUCAUGAGGACCGUGGGGACCUCCGCCAUGCCGGACCUGCUCAGCCCCGCCUCCAGCAUGGAGGACCCCCCCCGAGAGAGCGACGAGGCAGACGGACUCCCCCCUGCCUCCCCCUCCUCCCCCACGUCUCCCGCCUCCUCCAGCGACGCGGGCCACAGACUGAGGGUCCUCAGUGACGGCUCUCUGACCGACGGGCUGGGGAACCCGGUGCACACCGAGAAGAAACUCAAGAGGGCUGGGUGUAUCCAUCGGUCCAACACCACCGCUGCCGAUUUCCAAUCUGCAAGCAGGAAAGACUUCAUCCACCUGGAGAGGAAGGAGGCGGAGCCGGGGAUGAAGGAGGCGGAGCCAGGGAGAAAGGAGGCGGAGCCAGGGAGGAACGAGGCGGAGCCUGGGAAAGGCUCUCUAGAGAUGCUGAUUCAGUCUGUGAAGCAGACAGACCUGAAGAGGCUCCAGGAGCUCCACGCGGGGGGGGCCGACCUGGCCGCGCUGGAUGCCGCCGGCUGCACUCUGCUGCACCACGCCGUCGCCGCCGGCAACAAGGAGGUGGUGCGCUACAUCCUGGACCACGCUCCCACUGAGCUCCUGGAUGUGGCGGAGAAUCUACAGGGUGAGACAGCGCUCCACCGGGCCGCGUCUCUCUGUCUGAGGACCAUCUGUCACUACCUGGUGGAAGCUGGGGCCUCCCUCAUGAAGACAGACCUGCAGGGGGACACGCCGAAGAGCCGAGCGGAGAAGGCGAGCGACUCUGAGCUGGCGGCCUACCUGGAGAACCGCCAGCACUACCAGAUGAUCCAGAGGGAGGACCAGGAGACGGCGGUCUGAGGAGGAGGAGACCCCUCCUGGUCUGAACCUGGAGGGUCUUCACCGGCGGGGGGGGCAGGCACCGGUCUGAAGGAGAGCGGAUCACUUGGAGGUGGUCUCCUUCAGGCGACGGGGGUCCACACUGGUGUUGAGUUUCCAGGAAUGUUGUGGGAUCUUCACCCCCUGGUCCUGGAGUUGUUGAGACCGGUCUAGCUCCUGGACUCCAAACCUCAAACCAGGUCUGGAAGAAGAACAAGAACAAUGUAUAUAAUCAGGUCUGAGGAGGAUAUCUGGAUCUCUGACCUCACAGAGAGACAUCUUCUUCUUCACACAGUGGUCUGUAGAGGAAUUCUAAGACCCUUAAGAUUGGCCCCUCAAACGGCCCCUCAAAUGAUUUGAGAUCUUUUCAUUCGGACUCAGAAGACCCGGGAUGUCAAAGCCAUAUCCACACGCUGCCAUGAGCUGACGAUCCCCGCUGUAGAACCAACAACAGAUCGACCCCGCUCGCAAUCAGGGACUGAAAAACACGUCUGCCGUUGAUUCAACGUCCGAGCAGGAAAAACAAUCGUAAAGAUUCCACUGAGGAUCUGUGGACGAGGAAGGCUUUGUGAAACCGUCCUCUGAUUCGCUCACUUAAUUGGUAGUGCUCGUUAGAACAAAGUCUUAACGAUUAUUUUCCUCAGACUGUAACGAUACAGGCCAAUCCCAUCGUCUGGUUUCAAAGCGACUCUGAAGAAUGGCUGCGCUGCUGAAAUUGUUUUUUUUGCAAAUUGCCGCACAAGUGAUCGUUUUCCCUGAAGCUUUCGUCGCCAGAGCAGCUUUUUGACGAGUGAUGAUUGCUGCUUUUGUACUGACGUGUUGUGUGCGAACUUUGUGCGACAGACGAGUGUGCAUGGAAUACAAUUAAAUCGGUUGCCUUUAA